ACAAUCCAUUUUUCAUUACUCAUCUUCCUUCUCUUUCUCAUCCAAACUCACAAAACAUGUCGGCCGCCGCCGCCGCCGCCACCACUCAUCCUUCAAUCGCCAAUCCAUUCUCCAUCGCCACCUCCAAAUCUUCCAAUUUCAUACCCUCAUUCUCCCUUCCAAUCUCUCAUUCCAAAUCAUCUCUUCGCCGCCGCCUCAUAAUCUCAAAUAUCAUUUCCGGAUCCAAUCCAGCACCACCCAUCACAAUCUCCCCACCUGAACCAUUCAAAUCCAGAUUCGCUCCAAACGAACCCAGAAAAGGGUCUGACGUCCUCGUUGAAGCUCUUGAAAGAGAAGGUGUAACAAAUGUAUUCGCUUACCCAGGCGGUGCAUCAAUGGAGAUCCAUCAAGCUUUAACUCGAUCCAAAACAAUCAGAAACAUUCUCCCUCGUCAUGAACAGGGUGGAGUUUUUGCUGCAGAGGGUUACGCUAGAGCUUCCGGCAUUCCCGGAGUUUGCAUCGCUACCUCCGGCCCCGGCGCUACUAAUCUCGUCAGUGGCCUUGCUGAUGCUUUACUUGAUAGCGUUCCAUUAAUCGCGAUAACAGGACAAGUUCCUAGAAGAAUGAUUGGAACUGAUGCGUUUCAGGAAACACCCAUUGUUGAGGUAACGAGAUCGAUUACUAAACAUAAUUAUCUUGUUCUUGAUGUUGAAGAUAUACCCAGGAUUGUUAAAGAAGCUUUCUUUUUAGCUUCUUCUGGUAGACCUGGACCUGUUUUAAUUGAUAUACCUAAAGAUAUUCAACAACAGCUUGUAGUACCAAAUUGGGAUCAACCCAUGAGCUUACCUGGUUAUACAUCGAGAUUACCUAAACCACCAAACCCUACCCAUUUAGAACAGAUCAUUAGAUUGAUAUCCGAGUCGAAAAAACCAGUUCUUUACGUGGGUGGUGGUUGUUUGAAUUCCAGUGAAGAGCUGAAGAAAUUCGUUGAACUUACAGGAAUUCCAGUUGCUAGUACCUUAAUGGGUCUUGGAUCAUACCCAUGUACUGAAGAUUUAUCGCUUCAUAUGUUAGGAAUGCACGGAACCUAUUACGCGAAUUACGCAGUCGAUAAAGCCGAUCUUUUACUAGCGUUUGGUGUUCGAUUCGACGAUAGGGUUACAGGUAAGCUCGAGGCUUUUGCCAGCAGGGCGAAGAUUGUUCAUAUCGAUAUUGAUUCAGCUGAAAUUGGUAAGAACAAGCAGCCUCACGUGUCUGUUUGUGGUGACAUUAAGUUAGCUUUAACAGGAUUAAACGAGAUUAUCGAAACUAAACAAGUAGACAGUAAGCUCGAUUUUUCUCAAUGGAGAAACGAGCUUCAAGAACAAAAGACGAAGUUCCCUUUAACCUAUAAAACAUUCGGAGACUCGAUUCCUCCUCAAUACGCGAUUCAGCUUCUCGACGAAUUAACCGAAGGAAAUGCGAUUGUAAGUACGGGCGUCGGUCAGCAUCAAAUGUGGGCUGCUCAACAUUACAAAUACCGUAAUCCUCGUCAAUGGUUGACUUCUAGCGGUUUAGGGGCGAUGGGUUUCGGUUUACCUUCUGCGAUGGGAUCUGCAGUUGCUAAACCUGAUUCGAUUAUUGUUGAUAUUGAUGGGGAUGGAAGUUUUAUGAUGAAUGUUCAGGAAUUAGCGACAAUUCGAGUGGAAAACCUUCCGGUUAAGAUAAUGUUGUUAAAUAAUCAGCAUUUGGGGAUGGUUGUUCAAUGGGAGGAUCGCUUUUACAAAGCGAACCGGGCUCAUACUUAUUUAGGAAACCCUGAGAAUGAAUCGGAGAUAUUUCCGAAUAUGUUGAAGUUUGCGGAGGCUUGUGAUGUACCAGCUGCUAGGGUUUCGAAGAUUGGGGAUUUGAGGGCGGCGAUUCAGAAGAUGUUGGAUACUCCAGGACCUUAUUUGUUGGAUGUGAUAGUUCCUCAUCAAGAACAUGUCUUGCCUAUGAUUCCAAGUGGUGGUGCUUUCAAAGAUGUUAUUAAUGAAGGUGAUGGAAGAAUAAAGUAUUGAUCUUGUUUUUGUUAUCUUAGAGUAAUAAAUAUAUUGUAUGUAGAAUUGAUCUGGGUUAUUGUUCUUUUUUCCUGUUUUAUUGACUGUUUUGUUGUGGGAUUUUAUGAUGUUUUUUGAACUGGUUUUGCUUUAAGUUUUGAUGCUCUUGAUCCUUGAAUGUUUUUGUAAUUGAUCAAGCUUGAGGUUU